AUGAAAUAUUAGGUCGUUGAAUUGUUCUUUAGAUUUGAAUUUUAUUCAUACAAAUGCAAGUAAAUUAAAAGAAAAAUAAACAUUGAUUUAUUUUUUCUUGUUAUUGCAAAUUUGGCUAAAAGAAAUUAGGGCUAGAAUUUCAAGCAAAUAUUGAUAAAAAUAUUCAAAUAUAAGAAUCAACUUUAAUAUAAAUAAUUUUUCUUGAUCAAAGUUAAGAAGAUGUUCUUAUGUAAUGUAAAAAAAAGAGGAAAAAAAUAGAAUUGUAAGUCUAUUAAUUCAACAUUUAAGAAGAAGCGCACGAAUAGCAAGAAAGCAUCUAAAAUCAUAAAAUUGGUAUUUUAAAUGACAAUGAUGGAAGAUUGUUUUACACUCAAUUUUAAAUCAAAUUAACUUAAGAAAAAGAAAUCUAAUAUAUCUUAAAUGAAUCAAUUAUAAGAAGGUCAAUAUUUUUAUAAAUAAUAUUAGGGAAUAAAUAUAUGACAUUUCUAGCAAACUUGAAAUUUUAUCAAAUUAUGAGUAAAUUAAAUUUCUCACAUGGAUUGGAAGUUACCAAAAGAAUUAUUAGAAAAUUGGCAAAUGGACAGCCUAAUGGAAAGGAAAUAAAAUUUAUGAUGUGGGAGGUUAUUACUCAAUUGUAGGAAAAAAAUGUGGUAUCUGGAAAGAAAUUAUAAAUAAUUAUUGGGAGUAAGGUUAUACUAACUUUCUUUAAGGAAAGCUAAGAUUUAUGAGUUGGGAGAAUACAUAAAUGGAGAAAGGCAAGGAUUUUGGAAAUUUAUUCUAGAUGAAAAGGAAAUGUAUAAAAUGGCAUUAAGAAUGAUUUAGUGGUGGUGGAAGAUAUAAUUCGAUAGGUUAAAAGGAUGGGAAAUGGAUUGAGUUGAAUGGAGGGUUUUGGUAAAAUUCUAAAGUAUCAUAUAUUGGGGAAUAUAAAAAUGGGAUGAAAAUUGGUAUGUGGGAUAUUUAGCAUGAGAAUAAGCGAAUGUAUAAAUUUAGUUAAUUAAUUUAUCUAAAUGGUUAGUGGUGGUGGAUAAUAUGAUGAAUAAUUUGGCCCUAUUGGUAAAUGGGUUGAAUUAAUAGAUGGAUUUUAUUCUUAUUUAGAAAUAAUUUAUAUUGGAGAAUAUAAUAAGGGUAAAAAAGUUGGUAGAUGGGAUAUUAAGUAUCAAGAGAAAAGCUAGGAUUCAUUUUUAUUGAUGUUUUUCUUUAUUUUAUUGUAAUAAAAUUAAUAGAGGUGGAGGAUCAUAUGAUGU